AAAGCAUUCUGAAUCAGGAAGUGCUGGAGUUAACAUGGCUUCGAAAGGAGAGACCGAGAGUUUGAGCGAGGAGGUGAUUUGUCCGGUCUGUCUGGAUUUCUUCACCGAUCCGGUUAUACUGGAGUGUGGACACAACUUCUGUCGCUCUUGUAUCACACGGUGUUGGGAAAGGGAGGAGAGAAACUCCUGCCCGGAAUGUAGAGAGGAGUUUGCUGACCGCACCCUCAGGGUGAAUCGGGCCUUAGCAAAUCUGACACAAAAAGUUCGGAAUCUAAGCCUGAAUCGGAAAGGGAAGGAAAGUAAACGUCACUGCGAGGAACAUGAGGAAGAAUUGAAGCUGUUUUGUGAAACGGACAAGACACUGAUCUGUGUGAUCUGCAGAGACGCGCAGGAACACAGAGAGCACCGCUUCAGGCCGAUUAAAGAAGCUGUUAAAAUCUACAAGGAUCAGCUAAAAUCUUCCCUAGACUCUCUCACAAAAAAGGAAUCAGACUUCCAGGAAAAGGAGCAGCAACAGAAAGAGAAGAUUUCCGGAGUUCGGGAACAGUCACACAGCCUUCAGUCCCACGUCACAUCCCAGUUUGCUGAACUGCGCCAGAUUAUCACUGAGAAAGAGCAGAGCUUACUCAGGGAUCUCAGGGAAGAAGAGAAGAGGAUUCUCAACCCAAUGGAGAAAAAUCUUCUAGCACUUCAACAGAAUAUAAGGAUUAUUCAUGAGGAAGUCACUAAGUUAAAGGAACAGAUGGAUCAGAAAGAUGGUGUGAUAUUUCUCAAGGAGGAAGCUCGUCGGAACAGAAGGAUUAAUGACGAUGUCCAGGAAUUGUCAGUGACAGAUGAGACCCUACCGGUUGAAAAAUUCGAUCACCUCUAUUUGUUGAACACAGUGCUGAGAGAAAUGCUUGAUGCUAUUAAUCGAGUCUCUGUCACCCUGGAUGUGGAAACGGCGAGUCCGUGGCUCGAGGUGUCUGAGGAUCGGAAGAGUGUGAGAGGGACCGGGACCCGGAGGAAUCUCCCUGACACCGGGAAGAGAUUCACAUACUGGGCUUGUGUGCUGGGAUCGGAGGGAUUCACAUCGGGGAGACAUUACUGGGAGGUGGAGGUGACGGGGAUUCGGGUCUGGGGUCUGGGAGACGCCGCAGAAUCUGUGGAGAGGAAGGGAGGGGUCAGUCUGAGUCCGGAGACCGGAUUCUGGGUCAUCGGGCGGGAUUGUGACGUGUUACAGCGGGAUUGUGACGUGUUACAUCGGGAUUGUGACGUGUCCGGUCGCCCCUCCCCCGAGUCCCGUCUCGCUGCCCGUCCCAUCCCCGGGAGGGUGGGAGUUUAUCUCAGUUACGAGUCCGGGACAGUUUCAUUUUACAACGCGGAGACCAAGUCCCAUCUCCACACCUUCACUGGGAAUAAAUUCACGGGGAAACUUUAUCCUCUCUUCCGGACCUGGGGUGUGAACCAGUGGCUGAGAAUCUGCUCCGGUUCCGCUCCGGGUCUGUAAACGGGUCGGGUCCCGGGAUCGGCGUCAGGAGUAAAGUCCCUGUAAAUAUAAAUGUGCGGAGAGUGCAGCUAAAUACGUGGCUAAGGGGAUGGUGCAGGAGGGAGGGCUUCAUGUUUCUGGUCAAUUGGGCUUUGUUCCCGGGAAGGUGGGGCCUGUUCC